AUGUCUGAGCAGGAGAUAUUAAACGUUUUUGAAUGCUCAAAUGAGUUUGAUUUGCUAAGUGACAGUGAAACUUCGAACAGUGAAAACAGUACAGAAGAACCUUGUGGGUCAAGAGAUGUCCAUGUGUAUGAUUGGGACUCGUCAGAUGAUGACAUGCCUAAUCUCCAUAUACCUAAAAGACAAAAGAAGAAAGCACAGAAACUGUCAAGUGAAGAGGAAAAUCAAGAUACAGACUGUUCUGAAAGUGAUAAUGAUCUAAGACUAGAUGUGGAAGUGGAGGAGGGAAACCAGGGUUCAGUGGAAGAAGAGGGAGACUGGGAUUCUGUUGAAGAGGAGGGAGACCAGGGUUCUGUGGAGGAGGAUGAUGAAGGAGACCAGGGAGCCCCCAAUGACAAUGAAGAACACAACAAGGAAUCAGAUUCAGAAGGAUGGCAGCCAAGAAUAUUUUAA